UCACUUGGCUUAGGUAGCCGUGCGCGCCGCCGUCGCCAGGGUGACCGGCGCAUGCCCGGCGCAGCUUGUCCAGGGCCCCGGGGGCGGGAUGGAGAGUCCUCUGAACGGGGGACUCCCUCAGGAUGAACCCCCUCCGCUUCCCCGGGACCGGCUGUCCGGGCUACAGAAGGGGAACAGUGUGUGCUCCCGCUCGUACUUCGUGGUGGUGAUGGUGUUCGUCCAUGUCUACAUCGUGAAUGUCAUCGCUCUGCUCCUCUAUGUGUAUUACAGCAACGGGCCUCUAGGGGGCGACACCUCCACCACCACUACUACUACUACUACCUCCUCCUCCUCCACCAAUGGGGUGCCUGACAUCCCCACCCCCACCCACCGGGGGCAGGACACCGACUACCGACAUCUACCCCGCCUGGAGGGUAUCAAGGUCGGUCACAAGCAGAAGAUCGAACUCCUUCCCAACAAAUUCCAGCAAAUGGAGACGCUGAGUCUAAAGCCUCUUCUGUUCGAAAUCCCCAACUUCCUGACCAAGGAAGAAUGCAAGCUUCUGAUUCAUCUGGCCCAGCUGAAAGGUCUUCAGGCCAGCCAGAUUCUGCCAGUCGAUGGCUACAAGGAAGCCAUGGAAAGCCUGGAGAUCAGCAAGACUGACAUCUUCAACCUGCUGGACCACAACCAAGAUGGACAGUUGGAGUUAAAAGAGGUCCUAACCCAUUCCCGUCUUGGGAACGGAAGAUGGAUGACUCCGGAGAAUAUUCGGGAGGUGUACACGGCAGUUAAAGCAGAUCCAGAUGGAAAUGGUGUCCUCAGCUUGGAUGAGUUCAAGAAACUGAACCUCAGGGACUUCCACAAAUACCUGGGGAACCGAGAGAUCACCAUGAAUGAUUUGGUGAGGAACAGCCAGCACACAUGGCUCUACCAGGGAGAAGGCGCUCACCGGGUCCUGCGAUCCAUCCGCCAGAGAGUCAUCAAGUUGACCCGUUUGCCCCCGGACGUGGUGGAGAACAGCGAGCCUCUACAAGUGGUGAGGUACAACAAGGGAGGACAUUACCACGCUCACAUGGACAGCGGACCCGUGUUUCCCGAGACGGCGUGUACCCACACUAAACUAUUAAACAAUGAAACGGCCGCUUUUGAAACCUCCUGUCGGUAUGUGACCGUCCUUUUUUACCUGAACAAUGUUACUGGGGGAGGAGAGACCACCUUUCCAGUGGCUGAUAACCGGACCUAUGAAGAGAUGUCUUUAAUCCAGAAUGACAUUGAUCUGAGGGAUACAAGGAAACAUUGUGACAAGGGGAACCUGAGAAUUAAACCUCGGCAAGGAACAGCGGUCUUCUGGUACAAUUAUCUGUCGGAUGGCAAAGGUUGGGUGGGAGAUGUGGACGAUUAUGCUCUACACGGAGGCUGCCUGGUGACAGAAGGUACCAAAUGGAUCGCCAACAACUGGAUCAAUGUGGACCCCAACAAGUCCCGCCAGCUCUGGUUCCAGCAGGAGAUGGCUCGUUAUGCCAAAGAUGACAAUGAGAUACAGAAGGAGUGGACCGUGGACAAGUCUUACAGGGACAUGCACGUCGACCUAUGACCUGGAGAUCAGCCCGGCUAGGGUUAGAUGAAGGUGUAGAGUGCCACCAUCACUUGCCCGGUCAUUUCAGUGUCCUCCGCUUCUUGUUCCUCUUUCAGGUUUGUGAGGAUUGGAUAAAGCAAACUGCAUGUACGCACCAAAUCGGGAAGAGCCAUCCCGCGCUGCAGGGGUGCACGGAACGUACCACCGUUGGCUCCGGUGGUAUGAGAGAGGUUGACUGAGCACUGAGGAUUACGUAAGACAGGGGACACUUUCUUGUGUCCCUUUUUAAUUGUAUCAUGGAAAAGUUAGAGGGAAAGAGAUUCCUAGAGCUGGCCAAUCAGUGCUUAGUGUUUUUUUUAGCAUGAGACAGAGACACAUAUUUAUUUAUUUAUUUUAUCUACAUCAUGGUACAAAGAGAACAAAGUCUAUUUAUUAAAGAUUACAUCAGGGCAUUCGUAUGCAUUCAAAUGAAGGUAGCUGUACAGAUUUAAAGGGUCAGUCCAUCCUAAACUGAUAUUUCAGCAUUUGAGAGAUGCUGGUGGGUUUAAUCACCCACCAGCUUCUUGUGUCUAUUUGGGGGGUGGAUACAUAUCUGUGCUUGAGUUCCCAGCUCCGCCCAUCCACUGCAGCAGCUGCAGGAAAGUCAGAACUAAACCCUCCUGUCCUUUACAGCCAAAGAAGCCGCCAUCUUGGCCUCUGUUUGAUCUGCAAGUACCACGGUGCUGCACAUGUGGUCAGUUAUGACGCCAGAUGAUGGUUUGGAUGAGAACACAAGCAAAGUUCUCAGUUCACAGUUCUCAAUCAUGGCAUGUCGGGAAUGAAACUGUUUUGGGAAACAAUUAAAGAGGAACUAAGCCGUCCUAGCUUUAUUAGCCAAGGAAGCUGCCAUCCAAGCCUCUGUUUGAGCUGCAAGUGCCAUGAUGCUGCACAUGUGAUCAGUUAUGACGCCAGCCAUUUGAUGGUUUGGCAGUUUGGUUGACAGCACAAGCAAAUGUGACAGUUAGCAUUCCUAGCAUGCCUUGAAUGUAACUUUUUUAAAUCGAUGGGCCGACCCGGUGAAACUGUA